AUGGGCAGCAGCGGGGCUAGCAGCAGCAGCAGUGGCAGUGCGUACCGCCCGCUUGUCAAGGUGUGCGGUGUAACGAACGCCGCCGACGCCGAGGCCGCGGCCCGCGCCGGCGCCAGCUUCAUCGGCAUGAUCAUGUGGCCACAGGCCAAGCGCGCCGUCAGCGACGAGACCGCAGCAGCCAUCGCCGCGGCCGCGCGCCGCCACGGCGCGCAGGCGGUGGGCGUGUUUGUGGACGAGGACGCAGCCACCAUCGCGCGGCGCUGCGGGGCGGCCGGCGUCGGGGUCGCGCAGCUGCACGGGGACGGGGCGCGCGCGGCGCUGGACGGGGUGGUGUAUGUGAUGCAUGCGUCCCUGGAGGGGGAGAUAUUGACCCAGCUGCCGGCAGCGGGCGAGGGUGGCCGGCGGCCAGACUGGCUUUUGGUGGACGGGCAGCAGGGCGGGAGUGGCCAGGCGUACGACUGGACCAACCUGCGCGUUCCCGACGCGGGCUCGCGCGGCUGGAUGCUCGCCGGCGGCCUGCACCCCGGCAACGUCGCGGCGGCCGUCGCGGCGGCGCGGCCGGGCGUGGUGGACGUGUCGAGCGGCGUGUGCGGGCCGGAUGGGCUGCUGAAGGACCACUCAAAAGUGGAGGCGUUCAUCGCUGCAGCCGUCGGGGCGGUGGCGGCGCCUGCGACGCGGUGA